AUGUCGACGACGAAUACAAACAACGGUGACCAACCCGACGUCAAGCAGGGUAUUGAAUACUGGGAGAAUCAGCCUGCAAGCUACGAUGGAGUUUUGGGAGGAUUUGGAACUGGGUCUCUACCGCGUAUCGAAUCUUUAGGAUCGCGACUCUUUCUCUUGAACCUCUUCCCAGAACUGUCGACUGUGCCUUCAGCAUACAAACCCCUCAAACCUGUUGCUCCUUCCAUUCGCGUCCGGGCGCUAGAUGUCGGUGCAGGUGUUGGACGAGUGACUUCAGACACUCUGCUACCUCUGGUCCACGAUGUGGUGCUCCUGGAACCGGUAGAGCCUUUUGUCCAAGAAGCUCUCAAGCGAGCUAGAGCAAGCGCAGCUUCGUCGAUAGUCACGACCACGCCCGGCGAGCGGACAUACUGGCCAGGCCUCGCAGAUGCAAGCAAGAGCGUCACUAUCCUCCAAGGAACGCUACAAGACUUUGACCCUCUCAACCCUCAUCGCGUGACCUUUCUGGAUCGCGUCGGAUACCAGCCGUCUCGACCUGCAGACGAUAUCGGACAGGGCUUUGAUAUCAUUUGGUGCCAGUGGUGCUUGGGCCAUCUUUCGGAUGAAGAUCUUGUUACGUUCUUCGUUCGAUGCCGGGCUGCUCUGAAGCCUCAUCGGCGUAGCCUAGUGGUGGUCAAGGAGAAUCUAUGCCCGGAUCUUCCUGGACCAGAGCCCAUAACGGUAUUUGACGACCAAGAUUCGAGCCUGACAAGGUCCGACCUUGCUUGGAAAGCCCUGUUUGCUAAAGCCGGAUUCAAAGUCGUUCGAGAGCAAGUACAGGAGGGUCUGCCCGAAGGACUUUAUGUCGUCAAGAUGUAUGUCACCGUCGUACAAAUCUUCUCUCGAACCCCGAGUUCUGAUUAUUGA